AUGAAUUUACUCCGUUUGGAAAAUUUUAUGUACGUUCUACCGUUAGUUCUGCUUUUAGCCCCGCAGACGGUCGCUGGUGGCGAUGCUUGCCCGGCGGCCCUGGAGGCGUACAAGGUGUGCCAGUCGCGCCUGGCCAUCCAGGUUACGGCGGCCGUGUCCAACCUCGGUCGUUCCUUGGCCUCCAUAAACGUGAGCGUGGAAGCGGACGCAGAGAUCUUUCUGGAGGCCAUGAGAAACGCUUUAUGCAACUCCAACAACCACGCAGAUGUGGAGUGUGCCUUGGGGAGAUUGCGGGAAUGUGGCUCCAUCCUAAAUGACACGGAAGUGGCGACCAACCCGCUGACCGGCACCGUGUUCGUCCACUAUAACGAACUGGACAAAGCUACAGAUGUCUGCUCAUUCGUGUACGACGGGAUGUGUAUGUACAAGCGGGCCCGGUUUGACCGCUGUAUCCUGGUGAUCCGGGGAGCCGUUUACCGGGAAAUAGAGCAAAUUACCAGGACAGAAUUCUGUGCAGAGCCUGAAUCCACCACAUGUGUUAUUGAAACAUAUCGGGAAUGCCCGGAUGCGGUCUUCAAGAAUAAUACCUACGUUCCUCCCGCAACUCAGAGCGCCUUCGCAGUUGAACGAUUAGAACAGUUCUCAUCCGGCCAGGAGCUCUGUGAUUGUUACGAGGGUAAGGCGUGUUACGAUGGUAUAUGGAACACCAUUCAGCUUAUAAACACCAUUUACAGGACGAGGCAACCUCGCGACGUAUACGUCAUAGCGUUAAAGCGAGCUAGCGAUAUCUGCGCCAAGCUGGAUGAUGUUAAUUGUUCCCGUCGUAUGUCGGACGAUCUCUGCGGAAACGUACAUACACCGAAUACGUACACGCACGCGGACUCGGUACGCCGUACGGAUAACUACUGGAACAACAGGGAGACGUGCACGCAGGUCAACACAGAGUCAUUUGGUAAUCAGGAAGAUUGUAUAGUCGAAAAGCUGACCGAUGAAUACCACCCAUGCAUACAGCGAUACGGGAUUCCCGCUGUACCCACCACUUGCAGUGAGGUAGACACGAUGUACUCGUGCAUGUUAACGGCGCUGCGGGAUACAUGUGGCAAUCAAGUUAACGUUGUGUUUGACGCCGUGAUGAUGUCAUUACCUGACUCGCCAGUGUGCUACGGCAUCAAGACGUACAACGCGGGCGUACCGCUUCAACUUACGUGGUCAUUGACGAUUGUUCUCACUUUGUUGGCGACAAGUUUCACGAUUUGAAAUGGAAAUGGCACCGGAAACAACAUUGAUACACAUGAAUUUACCUCCAUGUUGAAUUUGUCAUUUUUAUGCAACACAUGAUUCCUUGUAUUAUACAAUUUAUUAAGUACAUAGUCAUAAACUAAUAUGUUCUUUAAUAUUUUUUAAAACCAUUUGUGGGCUAUUUACGUUCUAUUGUAAGUUACUUCAUAUUUUCUAAACACAAGAUAUUGUGUGACCAGAAGAUUUAUAUUGG